CCCGGGUGUCCAUGCUGCACUCCGCCUUCCCCAACCAGCACGGCGCCGGCGUCCGCUGCCUGUACGACAGCCAGAGCCAGCUGAUCGAGGGGCGGCAGGAGAGGUACUGGAGGUCCUCCAGGCAGGCAUCGCCAUACCGUGACCAGGAGCUGAAGUUGUAUGACUGGUGCUGUAACCAGGCGGGCAGUGCCCACCUCUGCGCCCGCUACACCGAGAAGAGACCGAAGAUUGGCUGUGAUGGAUACCAGUCACCUGACACGGCAGGUUCCUCGGAGGAGACAGAGAGUGACUCGGAGGAGCAGAGAGACGGAGAGCACGAGUAACUGGAGCAUUACACACCGGCAGCAAGGUCUGGGCCAUGGCUGAUCAUCUGAGUCCUUUGCUCCUGCUCAUCUUGUGUCCCCCUGCUUCCCCCAGA